GCCGUGGGGGGCGCGGGCUGCGCGGAGCCCCGCGCUCGGGUUCGCAGGAUCCGUCCCAGCCUGCCCGGGGGACUUGGGCGGUCUCCCCAACCCCGCUGCAUUGCUGGGUGAGCUGCUGGCGGUAAAGUGGGGGACCCGCCUUCCAGGUCGGGGGACCAGGCGCUAAAAGAAACCUUCUCGGCAUCUGCGAGAAAGAUGAGACCCCACCAGGUGCUCGCCUUCCUCUUGCUCUUCGUGAUCGCCUCGGGAGCCUCCGAGAACGCCAGCACGUCCCGGGGCUGCGGGCUGGACCUCCUCCCACAGUACGUGUCCCUGUGCGACCUGGACACCAUCUGGGGCAUCGUGGUGGAGGCGGUGGCCGGGGCGGGCGCCCUGAUCACGCUGCUGCUGAUGCUCAUCCUCCUGGUGCGGCUGCCCUUCAUCAAGGACAAGGAGAAGAAGGACCCCGUGGGCCUGCACUUCCUCUUCCUGCUGGGCACCCUCGGCCUCUUCGGGCUGACGUUCGCCUUCAUCAUCCGCGAGGACGAAACCAUCUGCUCGGUGCGCCGCUUCCUGUGCGGGGUGCUCUUCGCGCUCUGCUUCUCCUGCCUGCUGAGCCAGGCGUGGCGCCUGCGGCGGCUGGUGCGCCAUGGCAAGAGCCCGUCGGGCUGGCAGCUGGUGGGCGCGGCGCUGUGCCUGACGCUGGUGCAAGUCAUCAUCGCCGUGGAGUGGCUCGUGCUGACGGUGCUGCGGGACGCCAAGCCCGCCUGCGCCUACGAGCCGGUCGACUUCGUCCUGGCGCUCACCUACGACCUGGUCCUGCUGCUGGCCGCGCUGGCCGCCGCGCUCUGCACGCUGUGCGGCAAGUUCCAGAAGUGGAAGCAGAACGGCGCCUGCCUGCUGCUCACCGCUGUACUCUCGGCGCUGCUCUGGGCCGCCUGGAUGGCCAUGUACCUCUUCGGCAACGCCCAGCUGGGCCGCGGGGAGGCCUGGGCCGACCCCACGCUCGCCAUCGCGCUGGUGGCCAGCGGCUGGGUCUUCGUGGUCUUCCACUCCAUCCCCGAGAUCCACUGCUCCAUCCUGCCCGCGCCGCAGGAGACGGCGCCCAACUACUUUGACACGUCGCAGCCUCGCAUGCGGGAGACCGCGUUCGAGGAUGAGGUGCAGCUGCCAAGACCCUACAUGGAGAACAAGGCCUUCUCCAUGGACGAGCACAAUGCAGCUCUCCGCACUGCAGGAUUCCGCAACGGCAGCUUGGGAAGCAGACCCAGCGCUCCGUUCCGAAGCAACGUGUACCAGCCCACAGAGAUGGCUGUGGUGCUCAACGGCGGGACCAUCCCAACUGCUCCGCCAAGUUACACUGGAAGACACCUCUGGUGAAAAGACUUUAAGUUCCAGACAAUGAGAGUCUCUCUUCCGAUUUUAUUCCCUGGCUCUGUCUUUCUUGAGGGAGUCCCAGUAGCCUGAAGGCGGUUGGCCUCACAGCCAGGAGGUUUGCAAAUCCCAGAGCACAGAGGGGUUCCGUGUCAAUGUGAACAUUGCUGAACUGAAGAGCUAAUCCCAACUGCCCUGCCCUCUUCUGAUAUGCACACAUGUGCAUGUACUUGUACACAUGUGCUCACACACACAUACACACAACUUACGCCAAACCAACCUCAAUCCCCACCAACUAAAGCCAAGCUAAUUGCAAAUGGUAUUAAGGCCUACUCAGAAGGGGGGCUGGGAGAAUCGAUUCAUCCUCUGAGAGGGAGUCGAACAGAACCAAAUUUCACAGGGGCUAUGGGUUGGCCUGUGCGGGCUGCAGAGAGAGGCGGGCACUUGCUUACCAGCUUGCCUGUGUGUUUGCACAUUUCAGGGGGGAUCAGGAACCACCGAAGAGUGGGUGAGUGUGAUCUGCCCAGGUGAGGGCCUCUGGAAUAAAAGGGGCUGAGAGGAAGUUUCCCACCAAUUACUGAUGGGAGGGGCCCUGGUUUGUGCCAAAGAAGAGAAGUCCCAUUUAGAACAGGGUGGCCCCACGUUCCCAUCUUCCUGUGGAAUCCCUGGCCAAGUCAGAAAGUGAGGCUGUCUCUGUCCAGGGUAGGGCCAGUGCCAGAUUCUGCAGGGGAGGGCCCUGGCCUUACAGCCCCAUCUGCCUGGGGCCCUUACAAGCCCUUUACCAUUUUAUAUCCAGGUUCAUUUCAGAAGGUCCACAGGGCCAUCAGCUAGCUCCCAGACCCACCCCCAUCCCUUACCUGGCUCACAGGCAGUUCCUGGGUCUGUUACAGGGAUAGAGUAAGAGUCGCAGGGAGCAGAGAAAGCUGCUUGGGGGAAACUUCUCAAACCUUUUGUCUUAUUUCUCUGCAAGUUCCAUGAGAAAGGUUCUCUUCCCAGCCAUUGUUCUCGUCUCAGUUUCCAUCUGUCCUCAACAAGUCAUUCCUUGGUUCUGUGCCAUUUCCGCCAUCGGCCAUCCAACGCCCAUCUCCCCUGUGCUGUUUGGCCAGCAGAAUGGCACGCAACCACUCAAAGCCACCACCUUGAACCUGAAGGCCCGGAAUGCAGGAAGCAGGCUGGUUGGUCCUGGGACAGAUUUUUCUAAUGACUGUAUUGCUUUUUCCUCCCCCUCCAUAAAACCACUCCAUAAGCUUUUAUUUAACCUUUAAAGAAAAUGAAAAAGGUUAGUAGUGUUGCGGAGGAAGAGAAACUGAACUCUUCCUCAACCACUGUCAGAACUGAGUAUGUUUUAAUAAACCUUCUGAUUUCCCCUCCCAG